AUGAGACCUGGCUGGCUUAAAGGAUCACUUCUGGUCUUUGUUUUUGGGGGGGCUCUGUUGUACCUCAGCUCCAUCAAAAGGGAGGUUCGUACCCAUUCGGAAAGACUGCAGAGGGCUCACCACAAUGAAUCCAUCAGGGAUCAGGGACUGCUCAACCGGAUGCAGAAGAUGGAAGCAGACAUCAAUAGCCUGCGUGAGUCAAAGUCUCAGUCCGCUGUCAGUGUGAUGAAUAGACUUGAAAAAAAGGAAUCGGCGCCACAGACGAUCGUAGAGGUGAAGAAGGAGAGGAAGGUGGUAAGGAAGCUGUAUCCCAACUCGCAUUUGUUCAGAAAGUGGGGCGAUGACCUGACAGAGGAGGAGCAGAAGGAGGCCGAGAGGUUGUUUCAGAGAUACGGCUAUAACGCCUUCCUCAGCGACAGGCUGCCACUCAACAGAGAGAUCCCUGACACCAGGCCGCACAGGUGUGCUGAGAAAAAGUACCCGGAGGAUCUUCCCACCAUUAGUGUUGUGUUAAUCUACCUGGACGAAGCUCUUUCUGUCAUUAAAAGGGCCAUCCGCAGCAUCAUAGACAAGACACCGGCUCGGCUGCUGAAAGAAAUCAUACUGGUGGACGAUCACAGCAGUACCGAGGAUUUAAAAGAAAAACUGGAUGACUACAUCGCCUCCAUCAACAAGGAGUGUCCAGGCCUGGUGAAGAAAGUCAGCCACUCUGAGCAGCUUGGCCUCACCCAAGCCAGACUGUCAGGAUGGAAGGCUGCUGUCGGAGACGUGGUGGCUAUUUUGGAUGCUCACAUUGAGGUCCAUGUGCAAUGGGCAGAGCCAUUGUUAGCUCGCAUUAAAGAGGAUCGGACUGUGAUAUUGACACCGGUGUUCGACAACGUCCAUUUUUAUGAUUUGGCAGUAGAGCGCUACAACCCAUCGGCUGACGGCUUUGACUGGGCUCUGUGGUGCAUGUAUGAGACCUUCAGACCUGAGUGGUACGCUUUAGAGGACAACUCACAACCUGGCAAGAGUCCCUCCAUCAUGGGCAUCCUUGUAGCUGAUCGCAAGUUCUUUGGAGAGAUCGGAAGCCUUGAUGGUGGAAUGAAAAUAUACGGCGGUGAAAAUGUGGAGCUCGGCAUCCGGGUGUGGCUAUGUGGAGGAAGCAUAGAAGUUAUACCUUGCUCUAAAAUUGCCCACAUUGAGCGUGCCAAAAAGCCUUACCUCCCAGACUUGUCUGUAACUAUGAAACGUAAUGCAAUGAGGGUGGCUGAGGUGUGGCUGGAUGAAUUUAAAUACAAUGUCAACAUUGCUUGGAACCUUCCCUUAGAGAAUCAUGGCAUAGACAUUGGGGAUGUGUCUGAGAGGAAAAAGCUGAGAGAGAGGCUGAAUUGCAAGCCCUUUAAGUGGUAUCUGGAUAAUGUUUACCCCGAGCUUGACCCUAGGGAUGACCUGCAAAGUUAUGGAACUCUGAGGAAUACCCUGGAUUCAGACCACUGUGUUGACCAAGGCCCAAAGUCUGAAAACACACCCAUCUUGUAUUCCUGCCAUCAACACCCAUCUCAGCGCUGUUAUUAUCGCACCAACGGACACUUUUACAUCGGCGGAAUCAAAUCUCACAAGUACAACAGCAAUCGCUGUCUGGUGGAUCCUGGGACCGGAGAUUUUCCGGGACUGUACGAGUGCAAUCCAGCCCAGCAGAAGUUCCACAUGCUGUGGGACUUCAAACAGAAUGGACCUGUCCAAAACAGAGAGACAAAAAGAUGUCUGGAGGUUAAGAUGGGUGAAAACGGUUAUUACAAACUUGUUGUUCAGAACUGCACCGGUCAGAGCUGGAAGAUAGAUAAUGUCAUCGAAGACCAAUUAAAAAAAAAAAAAAAAACUAGUGGGCCUAGAGGACAAGAUAAAUCAAUGAAAUGAAACAAUUGGUGCACAAAAAAGUAAUUUUUAUUUAACUCUUGUUUUUGCAUAGGCAACUUUGUGACUUAUUACCUUACCAUUUGUGACAUUUUGUUUGUUUUGAAAACAAAAAUGAAUGUUCGCUGUUUACAACUUUUGUGUGAAAUUCCUUGUUAUGACAGUAAAUGAUUGGCUAUGGACAACUUUGAAUAUAGAAUGUUACUUUGUAAUAUUUUUAAUUAAUAUUAAAUAAAUACAUACGGAAAUGCAUUUAAAUAAACAUGCCUGGGACAUACAUAAAAAUGGCUAUGAAACAAUUCCUGUACAGAAGCCAAACACGACUGUGAUUGUAAAUAUUUUUUAAUGCCGUUAUCCUGAGAUUAUUUCAAAGAUAAAUUGAUAAAUUAUCUUAGUGUCUUCAGAUAACAGAAUUAACCCAAGAUCUAAAAGACUGCACGGUUGGGAUUGUGGGGUAAUUCUCGGCUUCGGUAAUUCAGGAAUAAGUAAAUGAGGCAAUAAUUAUUAUUUAAGUAAAUUUAUUAAUAAACAAGUCAAUAUAGCUCAACAUAUAAACUUUUAUAUUUUUUUAAAAGACAUUUUUCAAAAGGCCACAUUAUUCUCAAGCUCUUUUUUAUUUACAUCUUAAGGCUCAGGCCAGGCACUUUAACACAUUUAACAGGGAAUACGAUAACAUUACUGAGGUGGCUUUUCUUGCCUGGCGUCCUCAUGUAUCUCAACUGAUUUCCGAAGUUUCCCGAUAGACCGAUUUCUUACGGUAACUGCCGUUAGCGAGUUAGCUCUGGCACCCUCCCUGUCGGUCCAAAACUCCUGUUAAAGUGAUGGAAAUGCAACAUUUUUGCAGUGCUAUGAGCUGAAAUAAAUACAUGUGAAAUCAUGGAAUAAA